AUAAGGACCCUCUCUGUAGAUAACCGUGCGCGCGGGCGAAAUCGCGUCAUCCAGCCCACUAGAUAGGUAGUAGACACCUCGCACUCCUCCUCCACCGUACCUGUACACCCACGCGCUACCCCGCGCCGACCAACGCAACCACCGCCACCACGAAUACCAGAAGCAUAAACAUGUCAGCCCUCGGCGAGGGCAGCAGCAGCCGCAGUAGUAGUCACGAUCGUCCCCCACCGCUCGCAGAUACCCGUCGGCCGCGAAGAUGGAGCCUUAGUAAUCCCCACCGGCUCCGCCGCAAGAAGGCGCUUCGGAAUGCUCCUGCUCGGCCUCGUGGUGUUCCUGUGGGUGUCGAGUAACUUCUUGACUUAUGCAAUAUUUUCGGACGAUACUUACUCAAAGCCGUAUUUCGUCACAUACCUGAACACGUCCAUGUUCUGUUUGUAUCUCAUCCCGUCCGGGGUACGGUGGUAUCGGGCGAGGCGGCGGGGAGGCGGAGAGGUGCAGGCGGGUGUGAGGGAAGCGCUGCUUGCUGCGGAGGACAGGGAGGAGGAGGGGGAGGAGGGUGCUGGGAGAGCCGGGAAGCCCGCCGUCGUGGAGGGCAGGCUGAAUACCCGGGAGACGAUGCAGCUCAGCGCCGAGUUCUGUCUCGUCUGGUUCUUCGCAAACUACUUCAACUCCUACUGCCUGAAAUUCACCUCCGUCCCCUCAGCAACGAUCCUCUCCAGUACCUCGGCGAUGUUCACGCUCCUCCUCGGCAGCCUCCUGCAGAUCGAGCGCUUCACGCCGACCAAGCUCGUCAGCGUCAUCGUCUCCCUCGUCGGCAUCAGCCUGAUCGCCACAACCGACCUGAUCCCCACCUCCAACACGACCACGCAGCGCUCCACACUCGAAAUUUUCCUUGGCGACUUCAUGGCGCUCCUCUCCGCUUUGGCGUACGCGACGUACAUCACGCUCCUCAAAGCGCGCGUCGGACACGAGUCCCGCAUCGACAUGCAGCAAUUCUUCGGUUUCGUGGGGCUGAUCAACGUGCUAUUCCUGUGGCCGGGGCUCGUUCUCUUCCACUACCUUGGCGGGGAGCCAUUCUCGCUGCCGCCGCAUGGCCGCGUCUGGGCUAUCGUCCUCGUCAACGCCACUAUCACCCUGGUCUCGGAUUAUUGCUGGGCCUAUGCUAUGCUGCUCACGUCCCCGCUGCUGGUUACCGUGGGUCUGAGUCUCACGAUCCCGCUGGCACUGCUGGGACAGAUGCUGCUAAUGGGCACGGUCGCGGGGGUCUGGUAUUGGGCGGGCGCCGCGUGCGUGUUUGUCGCUUUUUGGAUGCUGAAUCGUGAGCAAGAUUAGGGGGGAGGGAGGGGGGAUA